AUAAAUACUGCCCAUCCCUGGGAGGAAACAAUGACUCCUUUUUACUGUUCUUGUUAAAGCGUUGUUUUAAAUCAGAGAGACGUGAAUGCAAACAGUGUUGUAAUGAUCAUGAGGUGUGUAGAAGAGAAACCCCUCCUCUGCUUCAUCCCUCAUAUUUAACCUGAUCAUCUACCACUAGAUUCACACAUCUGACACCCAUUCUUCAGGAUUAUUGCUAUUAUUCCAGAUUGUUUAAAAUUUGUGUAUUUUUCCAAACAUCUGGUAGGUUAACACUAUUUCCUUUUAAUUAAUAUCAGUUUCUCUCUUUGUUACAUACUGCAAAACGACUCUUCAGUUUGAACACUCAUGCAGUGUCAUUAAAUGUAAUACAAUGGGUCUUCAGUUCAUUUGUGUGUGUGUGUGGGUGGGUGUGGGUGUAGUUAUCUUUGUGAGGACCAGUCUGAUUAGAGUCAUGACAAAGUAAGUAAAAUGAGGACCUCUUGGCCGGUCCUCACUUUCUGACACCCCUUUAAAGUGCUGUUAAGACUUUGUUUUAGGGAUAAUGUUAGAAGGUUAAAGAUAGGUUUAAGGUAAGGGUUAGGGGUUGGCACUAGUUUUGAUGAUUAGGUUUAGGGCAAAGGACUAUAGGGAUUGCAUUAUACCAGAUUGCCUGGACCGAACCCGAGUUCGAUUGCUCCCCCCUCCCCCUGCGCCCACUGGACUGUGUUCACAUUAUAUUAUUUAGGUCCGACCCGUGGUUCGUUUGCGUCAUAAAACCAGCAGCUGUUUACUACGUUGCUUAGUAACGAUGGCACAGGAGAAGGCGGCAAAAUGCAUAAUGUUGCUCUCCUCACAUUUAUAUUUUUGUUUUUGAACCGUUGGUUUUGUUCAUAACGGCUCUUGCGUCUAUCUGCUGCGAAUGUAGAAUGCUGAAGGCGAGCAGAAAUGAGAAAAGCUACGCUACAGCUCUCUGUUUGCAGCACGCCAGUCACGCUAGUCGGGAAAGUGAGUGAAACACACACACAAACACAUAUUUUUAUCAAAUUAUACGGCAUUAUUAGCGGUUCACUUCUGCAAUUUGGUACGUUUGCAUCCAUAUCAGAAGCGAACCGUACCGGAGUUCACUUGAACCGCACCCCAGACCACCCUUUUUAAGUGGACUCGGGUACGGUUCGCGGGUGCGCACCCGAGUUCAGAAGAUAGUGUUCACAUCAUCCAAACGUACCGAACUCUGACAUCAAUCGAACCCGGGUGCAAAAUUCAAAAUAGGAUUUGAAACCCUCUUCAACCAGCUGAAAAUAUGGUUUCCUUCACUAAACGGAGAUCUCCGUACAUCACAGCGCUCUUCCGUUUUAGCAUCUUUGUUCUUAUGCUCCUCCAAAACGCGGUGAUCUAUACUGUACUCAAAACAUCUGUUGACUCCACCAAAGGAGGUUUGUGCGCUUGUGAUAAAUGUGUCCGGGAUCUGAACGAUGAUGACUGGUUCUUCACGCGGUUCAACCCCACAGUUCCGCCUCUGAUGAACAAGAGAAACAGUGUGUUGAGGACAGAUGUCUACAGAUGGUGGAAGGGUCUACAAUCUGAAUCCUCUAAAGUCAACUACACAGAUGUGGUGGACAAAUUGUUUUCUCUCUUUCCCGAUGAAGAACACUACUCAGACGCUGGUCCAGAUCGCUGCAGAACCUGUGCUGUGGUGGGAAACUCUGGGAACCUCCUCGGAUCCCGCUAUGGUCAACUAAUAGACAGCCAUGACUUUGUCAUAAGGAUAAAUAAGGGUCCGACAAAGGGUUUCGAGAAUGAUGUGGGAUCUAAGACCACUCACCGGAUUCUGUAUCCCGAGAGCGCUGUCGAUGUGGAUAACUCCACCCAUCUGGUGCUUCUGCCCUUUAAGAUUACAGACAUGCGCUGGCUCAUCAGUGUCUUCACCACUAGACACAUCACAAGCACUUAUAUUAGAGUGAGACCUACAGUAAAUGCAGAUAGAGACAAGGUGAUGAUCAUCCAUCCUGCAUUCAUGAAAUACAUCUAUGAGAGCUGGCUGGAGAAACAUGGCAGAUAUCCUUCUACUGGCUUCAUUACAUUAAUAUUUGCCCUGCACAUCUGCGAUCAGGUUAAUGUUUUUGGGUUUGGAGCAAAUAGUGACGGACACUGGCAUCACUAUUUUGACAGAAGUUUGACUCACUUCAGCAGAGGUGUUCAUGGUGGAGACUUUGAAAAUAAAACCAUAUAUGAGCUUCUGCUGAUAAACAAGAUUUCUAUGCAUAAACGGUGGUAAUGAUGGCAUUUCUCUCAUUGUUACGUACUUGGCAAGGCUUUGAAAGAAAACUUGGCAAGGCUUUAAAAGCCUGCAUUUUCAAAACAGAAUUAUUCAUGUGAUUUUUUUUUUUAUGUAUUGUUUAUUUACCUGUAUUUAACCAGACAUAUCAAUUAAGAACAAUAUUCUCAUUUACAAUAGCCUGGCACGAGCAUCUUGUCCAUGUUAGCGUAUUGUCCUUAAUAGAGAUAAUUAAAAAUAUAUUGCAUCAGGUAAAUAAAUAUAUUAAUAUCAAGUAAUGAAUGGUAUAUUUAACAAACACAAUGGUUUUAUGUUUAUGUCCUUUAAUAUGAUUCUGUGAAGUUAUGCAUUUCUGUAAGGUAUUAUUGUUAAAUUAAAUUUUCACUUUUUUUUUUUUUAAUUUUGAGUUUUGAUACCGAUUUUGAUUUCACAUGAAACAUCAAUUGUAAUCUUAGCUAUCAAUUGUAACCUUAGCUAUAUCUUCUUAGCUAUAUAGCCAAAACGUGGUCAAUAAAGUCCAAAGAAAUGCUUA